AGUAAAACAGCAGCGGAAGGGGCAACUACAUCCUCCAGGCGCUGGCGAGAUGCGGAUGGUAUGGAAGUUGUAUGUGGACGUCUAAACUAACAGUUCGAGCAUGUUUAAAAAGAUUUAAGACCAACAUCAGAAAUAACUUUGGCGACUUCUGACAGAUUGUUUCGUUAUUGAAUAUAUGACUCUCCGUUAUUGAGUCGAACCAGAUCGUCUCGCUGGACUUCAGUUCCUUUGCGGGUUCUGCUCAUAUCAAACCACAUCUUUGAUGAAGGACAUCCGAUUUAAACUUGUGGGGAAGUACAACACGAAUAUCUUCCAUAGAUCUGUGGUGAAAAAGUGAAAACGUUUCAGCACCAUCAACUGCAGAAGUCUGAAGAUGAAGCUUACCGCUUGCAUGCUCCUCUUCAUCAGUUCAGUGGCCUCUAUCAACCUCAGAUACAUCUCCAAGAGGAACUCAGUUGACGGCUGUAUAGACUGGUCGGUGGAUCUGAAGACAUAUCGUGUGUUGGCCGGAGAGCCGUUGAGGGUGAAGUGCGCUCUCUUCUACAGCUACAUCCGUACAAACUACAGCAUUGCACAAAAUGCAAAGCUGCGGCUCAUCUGGUACAGGAACAAGGGCGACUCUGAGGAGCCAAUCAUCUUCUCCGGUCACCGGCUCAGUAAGGAGGGAGACUCCAUUUGGUUUCGCUCAGCCGAGAUGGAGGACAACGGAUUUUACACUUGUGUGCUCAGAAACUCAACGUACUGUAUGAAGGUGUCCAUGUCCCUGACGGUGGAGGAGAGUGAAGAAGGGCUCUGCUUCAGCAGUCGAAUACGUUACCUGGAGAGAGCAGAGAUCACCAAGAGUAAAAUGAUCACCUGCCCAGACAUUGAUGACUAUCUCGCCCCAUACAAGCAGCCCAUCAUGACCUGGUACAAGGAGUGUCAGAGGAAAGACUGGAGAAGCUCCAUCAUCAUCAACACCACCAGUCUGUGGAUCCCUGUGGUGCAGGAAGAUGAUGGAGGAAACUAUACCUGUGAACUCAAGUAUGGCAGUAAAGUCGUCAGACGCACUACUGAACUCAAAGUCACAGCACUUCUCACGACCAGACCACCAAAAGUCUUGUUACCAUCAGACAGACAGGCCAGUGUUAUAGAUGUACAGCUCGGCAUGCGUCUGAUCUUAGACUGUAAGGCAUUCUUCGGCUACAGUGGAGAUGCCAGACCCAUCAUCUACUGGAUGAAAGGAGAUAAGUUUGUAGAGGAGCUGGAGGGGCACAUAAGAGAGAGUGAAGUCAGGGUGGUGCGGGAGUUUCUGGGGGAGAAGGAGGUGGAGCUUUCUCUGAUGUUUGAUGCUGUGGAGGAGACAGACAUGGGCAACUACACCUGUAAUGUGGAGAAUCACAUCGGCCGCAGCAGUGGAAGUGCCAUCCUACAGAAGAAAGAUGUGUACAGGUUGGAGCUCGUUGGUGGUUUGGGUGCCAUCAUGCUGUUAUUAGGGAUCUUCACAGGCAUCUAUAAAUGCUAUAAUGUGGAGAUCAUGCUGUGUUACAGACGACACUUCGGUAGCGAUGAGACAGAUGAUGACAACAAGGAAUAUGACGGCUACCUCUCUUACACCAAAGUGGAUUUAGAGUCAGUGGCGCAUGAGAUGAGCGAAGAGGAGCAGUUUGCUCUGGAGAUCUUACCUGAUGUCCUGGAGAAACACUACGGAUAUAAACUCUUCAUCCCUCACCGUGACCUCAUCCCCAGUAGCACAUACAUUGAGGAUCUGGCACGGAGCAUGGAACAGAGCAGGCGUCUUAUUAUCGUGUUGACCCCUGAGUUUGUGGCCCGCCGCGGUUGGAGCAUCUUCCAGUUUGAGCCGCGGCUGCACAGCAUGCUGGUGACAGGCGAAAUCAAAGUGAUCAUAAUUGAAUGCUCCGACCUACGCAACGUUAUUAACUACCAGGAAAUAGAAGACAUCAAGCACACCAUUAGAGCGCUGUCUGUCAUUAAAUGGUGCGGCCCCAAAAACAACCAACUCAAAUCCAAGUUCUGGAAGCAGGUGCUGUACGAAAUGCCUGCUAAGAAGAAAGAGUCGUUGUCUCGGCGGCAGGUGUUGGACUCGGGUGAGCAGGGGCUCUUCGGUGACCUGCAGGCCGUAUCAACAGUUGCCAUGACUGCGACCUCAGCAUCGUUAGCACCGGCUCAUGUUGAAAUACCAGACUAUAACGAGCCGGCCCACCUGCAAAUGCGACAUUACUGCCGCAGCUACGAAUACGAGCUUCCCACCUCCGCCAUCGCCACGCUUAACAGCAAUCACAUGUACUGCAAUUUACCCAUGACACUGAUGAAUGGACGGGUGACGCACAACAACAUUGGGAAACCCAAGAAGGACAUUCACUUAAACAGCACAUUUGUACCGCUGUCCGGACAAGAACUUUCCAGUGAUAUCUGGUAGAACACCUCACAGCAAUCACUGGCAGGGUUGGGGACAAAUUCAGAAUUUAAGAAUUGGUUCCAUUUCAAUUCCUGAGUUGGAAUUUGGAAUUGGCCACACACAACAGGAAGUUGAAUCAGAACGGAGGUCACACAAGCUGUGAAGAGUAAAAACAAACAAACAAACAUAAAAUGACCUAACUAAUUUUGACUAAUUGUGCUUAUUUAUUCUGUUAAUUAUGUCAAAUAUUUUUCUCAACUGAUAUAUUACUCUAAACUGAAUUUAAUAUGAUCAAAACAAUUAACAUAGCCAUAAAACAGAAAUUAAUGUAUCAUUUAUAACAUUAUCACAGGUACUUUCUAUGAAUUUCUUGGAAUUCCAUUUUGAUUCUACUUUCUUGAAUUCAAAUUUGAUUGACAAUUCUGCAUCCUGUUUGCCAACUCUUUUCGAAUUCAGGAAUUUAUUUGGAAUUUGAAAGGCAUUCUCAAUUCAAUUCUGAAUAGAACGCAACCUUGCCGCCCACCGGGCCAAAUAGCUUUGGUGAUUUGAACUUUUUCUUCCUUUUCAUUUGCAUGAUAUCAUCUAGUUAAAAGACAACACAUAAUGACAUGAUAGUUUAUCUCUGUUUCUUCCUGUCUUUAACUACCUGUUAAAUGUUUUCAUACGUUGUUGAGACAGGUGAAGCGCUACUGACAUUGAUUUUCUACUUGAAUUUCUUCUUUUUGGAGAUAUAAAGUAAGAAAACACCUUGUAUUUCAUGCUCAAGGUAUUCAUACUAUGUACAGUUUCAUAAUGUUUUUUUGAGUGAACGCACAUUAAAGGUUUUAUUUCAGGAGAUCAGAUAAUGACUUUGGUUGUUGCAGCACAAUAAUGUAAAGACACGUCUGCGCUGAGCUUUAAACAAUAUUAUGUUCUAUUUAUGCAAAUAAAUAUUAUUCAAAUUUGAAUAAGCACAUUGAGAUUGUUUGUAGCCAAUUAGGAGAAAGUAUUUAAAUAUUUGAUACAGCUUAUCAUUUGCCUUAUUUCCUGACAGCUCUGCUCUUUUUUGCCUCGAAAUUAUGUUUUGUUUGACAAUGUUUUCCCAGAGCUUGCUUUUUCACAACAUUAGUUGUUUAUAUGUUGUGUUUGGUAUUAGAUUCAGUGCUGCUAGUGAUCAAUGAUUCACUUAGUUUUAUCAAAUACAUUCAUUUUAUUUAUCAUAUUUAUUAUAUUUUCAUUAGAUUUAUAUGCCAUGUUGCCCUCUCUUUCUCUUGUUUUAAGACAUUAAAGAUCACCCAAAUCUAUGAGUGAUUUAAUCUUGUAUCCUCAUGACUAGGAACCAUUUGACUCUUUAGAUAAGGGGAUGUAUGGGACAUGAAUGAAAAUGCUGAAGAAUAUAAUCUGUCUUUUAUCGAAUAUUCCCCAACUGAGCAGCUAGUCUGAUU